UGUGAACUCGUUGCUGAGGGCAUUGUGGCCAUCUUUGUGCCGGUCUACCCGAAGACGCUGACUAUUGUGAAAUCUAUGACCCUGCAGCAUGAUGUCCUCGUCUUCACUACGGCCGAUGCUCAUCAUUUUGGCACCUCACAGCAGGAACUCAACGACUCCGUAAACGUUAUUAAGUUGCGGCCAUUAAAAGCCCCGGCUAUCAUCGACUUCAUCCUAGACGCCGGCUGGGAGGAUGUCCUCUACCUCUACGAAUCUCAGCAGGCGAAUUAUCGCCUGCGAUGGAUUCUGGAGCGAAUGAUUCGACAUCAUCCGGGAUUCACAGUGGACUUCCGAAGACUUCGUUCGGCCGCUGAAAGCGUAGACGACAUCUCAGGUGGCAGAGACGGACGCUACGGUCUCCUACAAUAUGUCAACCCCAGAACCAAGUACUCUCAACGCAAAUCCAUCAUCUUGGAUGUGACAUCCUCCGCAAUGACAAAGCUGGCGCUUCAUGACAUUGAAAUUCUGAUGCCGGAGAGGGCGGAUUUUCAGUUUCUAAUUGUUGGAGGAGUAAGUUGGGGGCUCUGA